CAUUCAUAUUUAUCAAGUUUAUUAGUGCUGAAAACACAAGCAUACUGUCAGAAAAGCCAAAACAAACAUGGAUAAGUCCAUGAUGAGCUACUUCAUUGUUCUUGCUCUAUUAGCACUUGCCCCUUUAUGCUUCUCUCAUAAAUUCCAAGGUGGUUAUCUCUACCCUCAGUUCUAUGACCGCUCGUGUCCACAAGUGGAGCAGAUAGUCAAGUCUGUCGUUGCUCAGGCGGUUGCCAGGGAUCGUCGAAUGGCUGCUUCCUUGCUUAGGCUCCACUUUCAUGACUGUUUUGUUAAGGGAUGUGAUGCCUCAUUGCUGCUAGAGAGCAAUGGAAACAUAAUCUCAGAGAAGGGGUCCAACACUAACAGGAACUCAGCUCGCGGGUUUGAGGUCAUUGAUGAGAUCAAAGCCGCAGUAGAGCAAGCAUGCCCCCACACUGUCUCUUGUGCUGAUAUACUUGCUUUAGCUGCCAGAGAUUCAACUGUUAUUGCUGGUGGACCAAAUUGGCAAGUACCACUAGGAAGAAGGGAUGCUAGAGGAGCAAGUUUGAGUGGAUCAAACAAUGACAUUCCUGCUCCUAACAACACCUUUAACACCAUUCUUACCAAGUUCAAACGCCAAGGCCUCGAUCUUGUUGACCUUGUUACCCUCUCAGGUGCUCACACAAUAGGUAAUGCAAGGUGUGUUAGCUUCAGGCAAAGGCUCUACAACCUGAAUGGAAAUGGAAAGCCUGACUUCACACUAGACCGAGCAUAUGCGUAUGAGUUGCGCAACCAGUGCCCGCAGUCUGGUGGUGACCAAAACUUAUUCUUCUUGGACUAUGCAACUCCCUUCAACUUUGAUAACAGUUACUACAAGAACAUAUUGGCUUACAAGGGACUGUUGAACUCUGACCAAGUUUUGUUAACCAAGAAUCAAGAAUCGAUGCAACUAGUAAAGCAAUAUGCAGAAAAUAUGGAGCUAUUCUUCGAUCAUUUUGCAAAGUCCAUGGUUAAGAUGGGUAACAUUUCCCCAUUGACAGGACCGAAAGGAGAGAUUAGGCAGUACUGCAGAAGUAUUAAUAACUACUAAGAUCCUCUGUUUUCCCCUGUUUUGUUGCUUUAGUUGAAAAUUUGAUGUAGUUUAUUUUGUUAUUCUCUUUGUUCUAAAUUUUUUUUAAGUGUUUGUGUUUAAAGCGGAGUAGUUGUUGCUUGUGACAAGCUCGCAGAUAAAUUUGUAUAUCAUAUCAGUCUUUCGAGAGGAAAUAAAUUAAAUUUGUUUUCAGCUAAAGUUGUGUUCAAACCAAAUGGCUUUUUCAAGUGGAGUUUGCAUUGUAAGGCCCUUUUUUCAACGUAUUACA